UUUGGCGCGACAGCGCCGUAAAAGGCUCCUGCCAGCUCCAGAGAAGGGCGCAUUGGCACCUCCCUCCCGAGCGGGAAGGUCACGUACUGUCCCUGUGGCAGCCUUCUCCAGGUGCGUCGUGCGGCCGGCUGCUCCCGGCGACUCUCUUCAUUGCGGGGACCAUGUUCAGAAAAUUUGAUGAAAAGGAGAGCAUAUCCAACUGUAUCCAGCUGAAAACCUCAGUUAUUAAGGGCAUUAAGAACCAACUGAUAGAUCACUUUCCAGGGAUUGAGCCAUGGCUCAAUCAAAUUAUGCCAAAGAAAGACCCAGUCAAAAUUGUCCGAUGCCAUGAACAUAUUGACAUUCUCACUGUAAAUGGAGAAUUACUGUUUUUCAGGCAAAGAGAAGGAAAUUUUUAUCCAACACUCAGAUUACUUCAUAAAUAUCCUUUUAUUCUUCCACACCAGCAAGUUGAUAAAGGAGCCAUAAGAUAUGUACUCAGUGGAGCAAACAUUAUGUGCCCAGGCUUGACCUCUCUGGGAGCCAAGCUUUGCCCUGCUGCAUCUGACACUAUUGUUGCAGUAAUGGCAGAGGGAAAACAGCAUGCACUUUCUGUUGGGGUCAUGAAGAUGUCUGCUGAAGAUAUCGUGAGAGUCAACAAAGGAACUGGUAUUGAAAAUAUCCAUUAUUUAAAUGACGGCCUUUGGCACAUGAAGUCUUAUGUGUGAGCUUCCAAAGAAAAGCACUUCGCCUCAACUUGGACUGUUUUGUCAUUCUGUUUUUAUCUGUUAAUGAAUUAAAAAACUUUUGUUAUGUGUUUAACAAAUUAGAUGCUCAAAUCCUGUGAGCAUUUUUCAUUUUUCAUGUGUUCUUUUCAUCUAAACCCAAGUUAUUACUGGUUAAGUGUUUAAUUUUCACCAUCAAACUUCCAUAUCAAACUGCCCUCAUUUCUUUCUCAGACCUUAGUUCUGCAUUGCCAGCUAGCUGCCUGUCAGGCAUCCUCGCCUGAGGUCUGCUAAAUAUCUCAAACUCACCAUGAAACUCAUUCUAUGUCCUCCCAAACCUAUCCUCCUCCUAACUUGGCCAUUUCCGAAAUUCCUAAUUUCCUGACACUUUCCCAAAGUGUUGAGGGCACUUCCAUCCUUCCAGUCACUCACAUUCACAACCUUCCAUGACUCAUUCCUCUCCUUUACACCCUCUGUCCGACCACCAGCUGCUUCCACACCUCUCCUCUCUAUUCAAACAGCGCCAUCCUAGUUCAGGCCCUCAUCAGCUUGCCUAUAUCUAAUAGAGCUAUAAUCAUAUAUAAUAGCUGUAUCUAUAAUACUAUAUAAUAUCUAUAAUAUAUCUAUAUCAACAUACAUCUAUACCUACAAUAUAUCUGUAUCAACUAGAUUCCUAUUUGAUCUUCCUUCCAUUCUCUCCCCUUCUCAAUCCUUCCUCCAAACAGCUGCCAAUUGACAUUGCUAAAACAGGUCUUACCAUGUUAAUUCCUUACUCAAAAAUUUUCAGUGGCUCACUUUUGUCCUAAGGAGAAAAUAUAAAAUCAUCAGUCUGGCAUUUAAAGCUCUUCACAGUCUGACUCACACUUGCCUUUUCAGUCUUACUUGGUGUUAUUUGCCUUCAUGGGCCCUCCCUUUCAGGAAAACUGGCCUACUAGCUGAUUCCUGAACCUUGUUUCAUAUCCAUUUCCAUGCUUUUGCAUAGGCUGUCCCUCAUGUCUGGAAACAUACCCUCCUUGCCCUUGCCUCUUAGCUUUUUUCAAAGCAGGAUUCAGUAACCACCUUAGGAGGCCUUUCCUGAUCCCCUUCCCCUCCAAAUUGUUAGUGCUUUCUAUCUCUUGGAAUUACUUGGCACUGCUUUGUAUUAUAUGUGGACUUGCCUGUACUCCCCUUCUCACCUCCUCUCCUCUCCCCAUGCUCCUUGAGGGAGGAAUGGUUUCAUUUUUAUCUUUGUACCCUCAGUGUCUGACAGACACAUCAUGAAUUGAAUUGAAUUUUCUCCUCACCUCAGUAGAGUGUAAGGUUUGGGAGUUAAUGUUCACCUGUAUAUUAGGGGGUAAGAAGGGCAAUUCCAGAAUUAAUGACGCCCCCCCCGCUUGAUUUGUCUAUCUUCAUAGAGCUAUCCUGGUAUUUGAUGUUGGUGGAAAGAGUACUGGACUUGGAAUUAGGAGAGACUUGGGUUUGAAUCUCAAUUAAACAUGUUUGUUUUAUUUUGGGCUUUAAAAACUUCCAAAUUUAACAAACACCAAAUAAAAGGUGUAUUUCCAUGUACACGGUAAAAGAAAAAGAAUUGCAUGUGAACCUGCAAAUGUCUUAUGUACAGCAUGCUUUUCCUUUUAAGUAUAUAAUAAAAUCCAGAUUCGUGUAACUUUCAAA